CCUGCCCACCUACAGCUGACGCGUCUCACGCCGCAUUUUUCGUUUUCUGUCGCGACGCGUCGCCACAAUUUGAAUAAAAAGUGUUCCAAUCGAAAACCCGAACCACCUUCUGUCUCUCUAUCUUAGCCUUACACUCCAUACCUACGUAACAUGUCUAUCAUUUCCCUCCUCGGUAUCAAUGUUUUAAGCAACCCAGCCAGAUUCACCGACCCCUAUGAGUUCGAGAUCACGUUUGAGUGCCUUGAACCGUUGAAGGAGGACUUGGAAUGGAAGCUCACCUACGUGGGCUCCUCCAGAUCCCUCGACCACGACCAGGAGUUGGACUCCAUCUUGGUAGGCCCGGUCCCAGUGGGAGUCAAUAAGUUUUUAUUCACAGCUGAGCCGCCGUCGCCUGAGCUCAUUCCCGCGUCGGAGUUGGUGUCUGUCACAGUCAUUCUCUUGUCGUGUUCGUACGCCGGCAGGGAGUUUGUGCGAGUGGGCUACUACGUGAACAACGAGUACGACUCGGAAGAGUUGAGAGAGAACCCACCGAGCAAGGUGCAGGUCGAGCACGUGGUGAGGAACAUCCUUGCCGAGAAGCCAAGGGUCACCAGGUUCAACAUCGUGUGGGACAAUGAUGGAGCCGAAGAAGAGUUUCCUCCUGAACAGCCAGACAUCGACUUAAUGGACGACGAGGAGCAGUACGGCGCCGAAGAAGAGGAGGAAGAGGAGGAAGAGCAAGAAAAGCAAGCUGUUGUCGAUGAGGACGAUGAGGAAGACGAAGGUGCAGCCACAGAAGGAGAAGACGAGAAGAUAGACGAGGAUGAGGAUUUAGCCGAAGAUAUUGACGACGACGAGGAGGACGAGGAAGACGAAGACGAAGCCGAGACGGUCAACACCCCGCGCGACGCCUCCCCGGAUGCCAAUGGCGACGCAAAGGCCCAAGUGUGA